GAAAGACCGCUGACAAAGUCGCACACGCCUCCUACCUCUCAUUCAUGCUUGACGGUUCCACUGACAAAUCCACCAAGGAGUGCGAGAUUAUAUAUGCCCGUAUCGUUGAAGAUGGAAAACCGUGCAAUAUUCUUAUUGGCCAUAUUGAGGUUGAACACGCCCAUGCAGAAGGUAAGGAGUGUGUCUCAUUUCUGUUUCAUAUAGCUAAAUGAUAAUAACUAUAUGGAAAAAUGCUCUACAGGUUAAUUAUAAAUUCCUUUAGAAUAAAAUUAUUUAAUGCCAUCAUGCCCAGGUAUCUUAUAAAACACACAAUAACGUGUGUGUGUGUGUGUAGAGGGAGAGAGAGAGAAUAUAAAUAUUCCAUGUUAUGUGCUUAAUUUAAGGCGUUUAUGCUGCAGCCAAGAAAGCCUUUGCUAGCCUUGGUCCAAAAUGUGAGAACUGGACGGAAAAAUUUUUAGCCAUGGGUGCAGAUGGUGCAGCUGUCAAUCUGGGACACAGAGGUGGAGUGAUAGCCCUCCUUCAAGCAGAGAUUGGGUCCUUCAUUGUCCCAUUCCACUGCAUGCCACACAGAUUGGAGCUAGGGAUGUUGAGUGUGCAAAGAGAGGUCUCCAUGAUUGGGCAGGUGUAUGACCUGUUGCACCUCAUCUGGAAAACAUACCACCUAAGCCCCAAAUCAAUGAGGGAACUCAAAGCACUUGGAGCUGAAAUCGGAGUCACAGUGAAUGCACCGAGUGGAGUGAACGGGACCAGGUGGCUGCCCCAUGUGUCCCGGAGUUUGAGGACCUUCCUAAAACCAGGGAAGGAUGGUAAUUCCUCUGGCCAGUUUACAGCUGUGUAUGUGCACAUGGAGCAUCUGGCAGGUGCCUCGGCCAGUGCAGAGAUAGCUGGCAGAGCAAAGAAGGUCAAAGUCAGCAUGGAGGAUGGGACAUUUGUGGCAUUUUGCCACUUCCUGUCAGACCUUUUCUCUUCCAUCAGCAACUUCAGCCUGCAGCUUCAGAAAAACGAUGUAAUCCUACCUCAGGCUGUUAGUGGCAUCGAAUCUCUCCUGGCUACCAUAGAAGCUAUGGCAGCUAGCCCCAAACCUGAUGGUAAGCUGUCUGAGUUCCUUGCAGCCAUGAAGAAGCAGCGCCAACAGAGAGGAGGAGAACCUGGGGCUGGAACGUUCAAGUAUCAGGAAGUCACGCUUUCUAAAGGUGAAGCUGCAGAGCUGGCAGAAGGUCAACCAAUCAGCCAGUGUGCUCCCAGACUGCAAAGAGCCAUUGUGCUGACCUGUGAGUCCACAGUGAAACACCUGAAGAAUAGAUUUAGCAGCCUACUUGAAGAGAACACAAAGGAUACACCAACAGCCAAGGCAGUGAAGUGUUUCAAUGUUUUCAGCCAUGACUCUUGGCCAGAUAAUAGGCUGGAGCUCGUGAACCAUGGUGUGGAAGAGGUGAACUUUCUCCUACAACACUUCUCCACUGUCCUGGACAGGUGAGUUUUUCGUGUGCUAUCAUAUUUAUGUUGAUAUAAUAAAUUAAAUCAUGUUGAUACAGACCUCCUUGUCCCUGCCAUUCUUCCAUCUCAUGCCAGGAAUGGCUGCAAUAAAGAAAAGGCCAAAGAGGAGUUCCAAUUCAUAAAAAUGACGAUAAACACGUCAUUUAAGGACAAAAGCUAUCUUGGACUGUGGCAAGUCAUGACGACAAAAGAGCCCUACUGCUCAGACUUUGCGGUAGGCUCUGUUAUCUGUAGUAUCAAAAAUUACAUGAUCAUUGUCACUGUUGACUUGGUGAUUUGGCAAGUUGGUUUGAUCACCAUACUUCGUCUUUUGCAGAAUAUCCUACACCUGGUCAAAAUCAUGCUGGUGCUCCCAAUCUCUUCAGCAGUCUGUGAAAGAGGCUUCUCGUCAGUAAACAGAAUCAAGUCAGAUGUUAGAUCAAGCCUGCAUACUGAAACUGUUGAGGACCUAAUCCGUAUUAGUGUUGAGGGGCCACAACUGGAGGACUAUGAUGCCAGGCAGGAUGUUAAGCAGUGGUUCUCCCAGGGUAAGAGGAGCAGGAGGCCUAACUAUAUGAGCUGGCCCCUAGAAUGAGAUGAAUUGCAGGGAAGAAAUGAAUGCUGCUUAGUUCAAGUUCAGUUUGAAUUAAUGAGCUUUAAGUUUAUAAGUUAUUUAUUAGUUUUUAAGUUACCAGUAAGUUCGAUGUUCAGAAUGUUAUGUUCAAUAUAUGUUUCAUACAAUGUAACAGUAUUUUUGUACUGCGGCUCUUGCAGAGAAACUUGAAUUCAGAUUAAAAUAUUUUGCAAACAUCAAGUUUGGGUCAUUGUCAAUCUUUAACUUUCAUCAACAUAACACAUUAAUAACACGCUAUACAAAGAAAAAUAUGGUGCUACCUAAUUUGUUUUGGUGCUACUAAAUGAAAAGCUAGGUGGCACCAGUGCUACCUGUGAAAAAGUUAGUCUG